GCACGUCUUGAAUCCUGAGGCUUGUUACCACACUUUUCUCUGACAUGUUUACUCAAUUUGAUUUUAUGGGUCAAGACGAAGAAAGCCGCCUUACGACGUUAUAUGUGAUCAAAACGCGCCCUGACCGUUGCCCAUGUCCAUGCCUCGGCAUGACGUUUUCAGAACAAAAAGAAGAGCGAGCUUGGUUGUGGUGUGACUAAGGAGCUCUCAUCAACGAACGCCCCCUCUCCAGCACACCUACAACACCCAUCCCAACAGCUCCUCGCCCUCAGAAAAUUGAGCCAUGGGCCAACAAGACUCGCGGCAAUACGAGCUCGUCCUCCUAGGCGCAACCGGCUACACAGGCAAGCUCACCGCAGAAUGGAUCAGUGGCCAUCUACCUACAGACCUGAGAUGGGCGAUAGCUGGACGCGACUCGAAGAAGCUGCAGGCAGUGGUCGAUGACUUGGCGAAGCAGAAUCCGGAUCGCAAGCCGCCAUCCAUUGAAACCGUCGAGCUCGAGAAAGACCAAUUGGAAUCGCUGGCAUCGAAAACCCGCCUCAUAAUCACCACCAUAGGCCCCUUCAUGUUCUACGGCGAGCCCGUCCUCGCCGCGUGCGCGGAAAAGGGAACUCACUACAUCGAUUCCACCGGCGAAGUCCCCUGGCACCUCGACAUGAUCCGCACCUACACCUCUCUCGCGACCCGCAACCACGCCCUCAUCAUCCCCCAAUGCGGCCUCGACUCCGUCCCCGCCGACAUCCUCACCUACGCCAUAACCCGCCACAUCCGACGGACCUUCAACGCGCCAACCCUCUCCGUGACAAUGUCCCUGUACGACAUGAAAGCGGGACUGAGCGGCGGCACGGCUUCCACAGUCAUGAGGAUGUUCUCCAAGUACUCGCUCAAGAAACUCGCGCAGGCCAUGAAACCAUUAUCCAUGUCGCCCAUCCCUCCCCCCGCACUCUCCAAGGAACCCCCAGCGGGAAACGGAAACCUCUUCUACCGCAUGCUCGGCCUCCACUCUAUCCCCGCACUAGGCGGCGUCCAAACGGUCCAGCCCCUGGGUGCAGUCGACACGGCCCUCGUCCACCGCUCCUGGGGCCUCUACGAGGCGCGCGCAAAAGAAACUGCAAAUCCAGAGAUAUCCUACGGUCCGAACUUCAGGUUCACAGAGCACAUGCGCGCGAAGAACGUACUCGUCGGUUUCGCAAUAAAGCUCGCCGUCGGCCUCUUCGGAGUCCUGAUGGCGUUCCCCGUCUCGAGGGCGCUCCUCACUCGGCUGCUGGACAGGUUCGUGCUUCCGGCUCCCGGCGAGGGACCUUCGGCGGAGAAGCGCAAAGGCGAUUUCUUCAGCUACAGGGCUGUGGGGGUGGCGGAUACGCCUGAAAGGCAGCAGGUGCUGGCGUCGCUGGAUGCGCCGUAUGGUGGGUAUGCGAUGACGGCUGUGACGAUGACGGCUGCGGCCGAUGUGAUUUUGAGGGGGAAGGUGGGGGAGACGGAGGCGGGGAGGAUGGGUGGAGAGUUUGUGACGAGUGCCAUGUUGGGUGAGGAAUUUUUGGAGAGGUUGGGAGAGUGGGGGAUCAAGGUUGAGGUGAGGGAUGUCUAGGGUUAUGUGAGAAGGGCGUGGACUAGGAGGAUGGAAUCUUGAAGGAUGGGACAUGCUCAUUCGAUUUGCUUAACGUUGCAUAUACCUGGCGCAGGUGUCGAGGGGGUGGUUUUGGAUCUCAACCUCGUCUUGAUGAUUGAAUUCUCUAUGUACUUCGUUUCCAUUAUAUACUACGAUUAACCAAGUCUCUUCGCACGCUUAGCGAGCGUUAGCCAUAUAUACUCCUCCAGAUGGCAGUCAAAUGAAUACUCUCCAAUCAUCCGAACUGGAAGCCCAAUUCAACCCAGUUCCACCUUAUUCUCCAGUCAUCGUCAUUGACGGCUAGGGCACCCCAUUAUCCCACUCCACACUAUUCCGCCCCUCUAAACAAUGGCACUCGGCC